AUGAUUUCGCUUGUGAUUGAGACCAGCUCCUCAUCCAUCGUCUUAAUAACCGAAGCCGUCCGUUUAUGGACCCCUAUAAAAUAUCAACUGGAGGCCCUCAACGUCCACAUUGAAGAGUGUCUGGUCAACCCAGACAUUGUGGAGUCUAUUCGCCUCAACCGCCGCAAGAUUUAUGUAAUUGAACGACGACACACACCGAGACUGGCUCAUUUAGUAGCCGAGGCCGAGUUGCCAACAUGGGACGUAGGAACCAUAAUCCUCCUCAACACCCUGUAA